UGACAUAAAUCUACUUAAAACAGCAACACAAUUCGAAAAUAUGAACAGAAACAAGCCACUCAGGCUAAUUGAUCUCUCCAAAACCGAAACCAAAACCGAAACCGAAUGCGAUACAAAGCCGAAACUAACCUUGAACCGUCUAAGUCGCAUUCCAAUACAAUGUCCCCUGGAAACCUGUCCUGCCACCAUUUGCAAGCAGGACUUACUGUACCAUUUGACAUCCCAACACUUGCGAUCGCACGUGAGGAAGCACUUGCAACUGGCCUUCGACGGAGAACGCUGCACCCUGGUCUUUGAUCCUUCGCAACUGCUGGCCAUGCAGACCAUAUGUCUGGGAGUGCUUCUCUACGGCGGCGAGCGUGGAGGGCAGGAGCCAUUGCCCGGAGCACGGGAAUUCAGUCACCGGAAUCGAUUGCCACGCCAUUCGGAGCUGGAGCCGCUGCAGGACUAUCUGCCGGUCAUGGUGCUGGUGAGGAAGACUGGUUUCCUGGACUGGGUAUUGCCCGACAGGAAUGUGGAGUCGGACGAGGAUACACAUGGUUGUGCCAAAAGCAGGGUUGAAUGGGUGAGGCAUCUGGACUUCACAAGUGAUACCUAUCCCAAAUUCAGCAAGAACCUCCAUCGAGCUCGCAAUAGCGAGAAGUUCUGCGAUCUAAAGCAGCGUGAUAUAAGCGAGCACGAAAGGGCAGACCUCAGGAACUUGGACAUGUACACAAUUUGGACGCAAAGUGCGCCCUGCAUCCGACCACUCCGCGUUUGCAUGACCGUGUUCAAUCGCAGUUUGUCGGAUGGCCGGAGCGCCCUGGGCUGGGUGGCCAAUUCGGGCAGAGUUUACCCCGAAAUCGGUGGCAAGCAGCUGCCCAAGGACCGGCAUUCCAUGUGGCUAACGCAGCAGGAGCUGCAGGAGAUGUGUGGCGCAGAAUACCAUCUCCAGCUCGAGGUGAUCCUGAAUGUAUCAGUGGAAUAG